AGGCAGCGCCCCGGGCUCCGAGGGGCCGCCGCCGCGCGCGGCGGCGGCCCGCAGCCGCACGGGCCCCCCUCGGGCGCCAUGCUCGCAGCACCGCUCGCGCGGGCCUCUGCGAGCCGGCGGCCGUGCUGGGCCGCGACCGCCGCCGCCGCGCAUUCGCUGUGGCGGCGGGAGCCCCCCCCCCUGCGCCCGCGGGCCGCCGCCCGGCCUGCGGCUCCUCCGGCCUCCCGGGGGCCGCCCGCUGGCAGCCGGGCCGCCCCGCGGCAGGGCAUACAGCCCCGGCCACGCCACAGCGCAAGGUGAUGGCCAUGGCGCAGGCCGCGCCGCCGGCGCCUCCCGUCGACUGCCACCGCGUCGACAUCUCCGAAGACCGCCUGGGCGAGCUGCUCGGGGCGGAGCUGGCCGUGCUGUCGGGCCAGGUGCUGACGCCGCUGUCGCUGCGCCAGGUCUUGGACGCCAACACGCCGCACAAGGCAGCGGAGUUGAUGCGGCGAGAGUUGCCGAAGCGCUUCGCCCACAGGAUACGGCAGAUCGAGGAGUGGCCCGGGUGGCAAGACGUCCCCGAGCUGGAGAAGCUGCACGAGCUCUAUUUCUGCUCGUUCCGGGAGUCGUUCCUCCGGCAGUGCGACGGUACAAGCCCCUUCCCCUUCACACCAGAGCCUGCCAUGGCGCCGCCGCAGCAGCCUCGCACGAGCUACACCAUGUGCCCGACCCCGUCUUGCCGCGCUGGCAAGCAGUGGGAUUGGAACUGGCGUAUCAUCAAGAACGGCGGAGCUUGCUCGGUGUGUGGACAGACGCAGCAGCUAUACUCUCCGAGGAAGAAGAAGGACAAGCCCAAGGGAGGAUCGCCGAAGGGGCCAGGGCCAGCCGUGCCUGCCGCUUCAUCUCCUGCGAUCUUCAGCCCCUGGGGUAAGGCGAAGCUCAUCAACCAGCUUGAGGCCCUCGUGCAGCAAGAUGCUUCGGUUACGGCUUCAGUUCUCGCCAUCAAGCAGGCAGUUGAGACGCCCGCGUUGCCGAGGUCGCGCACACCCUUGGAGCAGCUCCAGUCGACGGAGGCCAAGGCGAAGCAGGCGGCCACCAAUGCACACAACUUUCUCUCGGAGAUUUCCAACUUGGAGACGCGCCUCAAGCAGGCGCGCCAGGACUACGAUCAGGCCAUGGAGGAGCUCGUGGACGCUGAGGAGGCCCACGAGGCCGCGGUCCUGGCCUACAACAACGUGCGUGGCCAGACGGCUUCGGAGGUCAAGCCCGAGUCUGUGCCCGAUUUCUUGGCAGCAUAUGAAGAUAAGCUCAAGAGCAUUUCUAUUGAGGAGUACGAGGAUGGAGAGGCCAAGGACAAGCUGCAGACGGCCCUCACGGCGAUGGAUGAGGCCAAGGACCAGGCUGCGGCGGUCAUCCACGCCGUCCAGACGGCCCUCGAGGGGGUCAAGUUGGCUGCAGCGCAGGCGCCCCUCAAGAGGCGGCGCGUGGUGGAGGUGGCGGCUGGCCCAGAGGCGACGGCUUCCGCAGUCGACGCUGAGGGUUCGCUGGGCCCAGCCACGAAGGCUGAAGGCGGCGCCGAGGUGGGCACCGCAACUGGCACCGUGGGUCCCCUGCGGAUGUCGGCGUGGCAGCUGCUCCUCCUGGCCCUGGCGGCGGUGGCGAUGGUCGGCCUCCACCUCGUGCCAAGGAGUGAGCUGCGAGGCAUCAGUGACAUCGGAGUUGGCACCUUCGACCUCGGCCUCAGGCAGCCCCCAGCUGGCCCGCUCUUCGGGGAUGGGGGUACGAGCGAGGCACGAGGCAUCGUCAGCUCCGUGCAGGCCGACUCCGUUGACCUCGAGCCCAGGCAUCCUCCAUCUGGCCCGCUCUUCGGGGGUGGAGGCACGUGCGAGCCGCGUGGCAUCUUCAGCGACAGCGGAGUUGUCGUCUCCGACCUCGUUGUCAGGCAGCCCCCACCUGGCCCGCUCUACGGGGGUGGGGACACGAGCGAGCUGCGAGGCAUCGUCAGCUCCGUCGAGGUUGGCCCCUUCGACCUCGAGACCAGGCAUCCUCCAUCUGGCCCGCUCUUCGGGGAUGGGGGCACGUCCGAGCUGCGUGGCAUCUUCAGCUCCACUGGAGUUGGCUCCGUCGGCUCCGAGUACAGGCACCCUCCAUCUGGCCCGCUCCUCGGGGAUGGAGGCACGACAGACAUUGGAGUUGGCGCCAUCUACUUUGGUGUCUGGCAACCCCCAUCUGGCCCGCUCUACGGGGAUGGGGGCACGAGCGAGCUGCGUGGCAUCGUCAGCUCCGAUGGUGGCGUCACAGUCUACUACGGGGAGUGGCAGCCUCCAUCUGGCCCGCUCUUCGGGGAUGGAGACACGGGCGAGCUGCGUGGCGUCAGCAGACACACGGUCGGCUCGUGA